AGUGUGUUAAGUGUUGCUCAUAAGUCAUAACUUUUUUGAUAAUGCCUCAAUGAAAUGUUAUUACUGUAACUCGCUUACUUUCAGACUACCUUGAUACUUAGUAGGUACUGCUGUUGCCGUUUUGGAUGCCCUUGAUACCGGUGUAUAGAAACAAAGAGCCAUGCUUUUGUGAAUUCUUGACAAUGGCUCAACCAGAUGAUACACGAAGAACGACAACCACAGACGCUUUAAAUAUUCCAAGACCCCAAAACUCGUCAGGAUCGAAAAGUUCAAGCACCCAAACUUCCCCGCACAGUUGGCAAGGUGGAUCCUCAAAUCGGUCAUCAAAUUCUUCACCCAAGCCAAGAAAGAGCCAUGAUCAUGACGACCAUGGAAACCACCAUAACAAGAAAUCAGUGUUCACGAAGGUGAAAGAGAAGGCCAGAAAGUUGAAAAAAUCCUUAAGUGGGAGAAGGCGUCGGGAGGAGAAUGAUUUGCAUACUUCGACUCCUCCAAGCAGUUCUGGCCCAGUGGAGGAUGAUGAAAAUGACCACUCCGAAUACUUUGGUUCCCCAUUGUAUGAACCUACAGUGGAUCAACAUUUGACAAAACAGCAGCAUGAAGAAACAAUUGAAGGGUCCUCCGAGAAGCCUGAUAUGUCAAAAGAUGGGCCACCCUCAUUAUGUUCUACUGAUGCAACACCCACAGACCUCACUAUCUCUACUCGUCAAAACACAGAAACUUCAAAUCUAGAUGCUAAAAAACCCGAGAGUACUUUAGAAGAGAAAGAGAACACGAGGAGCAGCUCGCAAUCAGUGAAGGAAUACUUGAUGCAUAAGUUUGAACCAGGAGACGAUGAACGAGCCCUUUCUCAGAAAAUCACGCAGACAAUAAGUCCUAAGUAUGAAAGAAUGAAAGACACUAUGCAGUCGUUAUUAAGAAGCGAAGAACCUUCUGAGUCGACAAGUAAAACUUCAAACUCUGGACUUGAUAUUUCGCCUUCUAGAUCCUCAAUGGAAUCAAACUCCUUGAGCAAUCAUCCUAAUCUGAGCAAUUCAGAUUUUUCUAAUGCUUCAAAUAUAAGCCAGUGCUCAGCAUCGUCUUCUGCUACAGGUGUAAAAGAUGAGAAUUGUCAAAAGGUUCUCCACAGCUAACUGAUACUCUUUGAAGAAAGUUGAGUGUUACCAGUCUUACAUAGUUUUGAAGUGAAGUCAUUAAUCUUCAGUUAAGGUUUUUUUUUUUCUCAAGUAGAUACUACUUUACCGGGUAUUUUUGGUUUUCUUUGAACUAGAAUUGAUUUUUGAUAUAUUUUUGCAUCUGUAAAUGAAACAUAUUGCUAGAACUCCGAUGAUAUCCAGUAGAAUCGUAUGUGAAUUUUGAGCACUUGUGUUCAUAAGGAUACUUUACCUCAGGUACAUGAGCCGCGCUACUUAGUAUAGUUAAGAAGUGACAAAAUGGCGACUAAGUAAAGAUAGUUGUUUCGAGCUACAUGGAGUUUUAAGUGAAUGUUAGACUUUGUUGUAUAUCUAGUACCCGACUUGUUUCUAAUCUUUGAUA